AGGGUGGAAAUGAGAAGCCACCACAGCUCCAGCAAGGAUCUGCUCUCCGGACCUUGUCGACUCAAGAGUGGCCUUCUUUCUUUGCCGUUAUUAUUGAGCAGUUGACUCUUUACAGUUUGUUUCUUCAUCUGGAAGGCAACCAGUCGAUUGGAAAAUGAGACUAAAUGUUGCCGUUUUCUUUGGGGCUCUCUUCGGAGCUUUGGGGGUUUUGUUGUUUUUGGUAGCUUUCGGAUCGGAUUAUUGGCUUCUCGCGACUGAAGUGGGCAGGUGUUCAGGUGAACAGAAUAUAGAGAACAUCACUUUUCACCAUGAAGGCUUUUUCUGGAGGUGCUGGUUCAAUGGCGUUGUGGAGGAGAACAACUCCAACAUCUGGAAGUUCUGGUACACCAAUCAGCCGCCGUCCAAGAACUGCACACAUGCUUACCUGUCCCCGUACCCCUUCAUGAGGGGAGAGCACAACUCUACUUCCUAUGAUUCCGCAAUUAUUUACCGUGGCUUCUGGGCGGUCUUGCUGCUCCUGGGUGUAGUGGCCGCCUUGACUGCAAGCUUUCUGAUCAUCUGUGCAGCUCCCUUUUCGAGUCACUUCCUUUAUAAAGCUGGAGGAGGCUCGUACAUUGCCUCAGGUGUCCUGUUUUCCCUGGUGGUGAUACUGUAUGUCAUCUGGGUCCAGGCAGUGGCUGACAUGGAAAGUUACAGAGCCUUGAAGAUGAGAGACUGCUGGGAGUUUACCCCCUCUGUUCUGUAUGGCUGGUCAUUUUUUCUGGCCCCCGCUGGCAUAUUCUUCUCUCUGCUCGCUGGGCUGCUCUUUCUAGUUGUUGGACGGCAUAUUCAGAUACAUCACUAACUUUUGCCACUACAGUUUUCAGGAGAGAACUCAAAGCACCACACUUCCCCUAUUUGUUUUGUGUUAGCAACAGUAUCUACAUCACAUUAGUGGAUGUACAUUUGGAGUUGUUAUUUCUUAAUGAGUCAAUUUUCUUGUGAUUUCUCCUCAUAAAGGAGAUCCUUUGACUUUUCUAGAACACAAAGCUGUCUGUGCUGGCAAGGAACUCACACUCCAGGGAGCAGGUAGUGGGUCCAUCUUACAGUUUGGAGUACACACAGGGUAUGUAUGUGAUCACCCACAGCAAACCAAGCUUAGGUUGAAUUUCUCCUUGACAUUCACUUCUACUACUUUUUAAAACAGGGAGAAUAAUUAAUGGAAAACAAAUGUCUUACAACUGGUUUUGUUUCUUCCCACCUACAUGCCCAGAUACUCUCACCCACUGACUUCUGUGAGCCAAUGAUUCAUUAAUUUAAAAAUAGGUAGCAGUUGUUCUUGUUAUUGGAGCUCUGAACUCCCGAGUUCAAAAGGGCCAUGACAAUAAUACCAAGUGCAGUUAGUCUAAUUUAUUACCAACGGCAUCAUCUGAGAUUCUUCUUGAUUAUGUAUGCUUACAGAAACCUUACACUGUUGGAAAGCAGCAAACACACAGCAAAGUAUGUAAUGCAGAUAAGAACUGUGUGAAGUUAAAGAGGGGAUAACCCCAGAUUGUAAUAUGGUUUAAAAUUUGUAAAAGCUGAGAGCCUCAGCUUAGCACAUAAUUCCAUUCGAUAUUUUAAAAUUCCCAUUUAAAACUUAAAUUGCUAAGAUGUUCAGCAUGUUUAAAUUUAUGGAGAGAAUGAGCCUUUAAUAUUGUCCAGCUAUAAAGUUUCCAGAUACAUCCAUGCAAAGAUUAUAAUAGCCUUGCUUUAUGAAGACCACGGCAUAUUAACUCUCCCCCAUGUUUUACAGGAUCUAGUUCUUCUGGUCAUUUGAUUGCAUAGUAUCUCUUGAUUUCAUCCUCUUUGGCAUACAUGCCAGAACUCUCACAGACCCACAAUCUCCUCUAACCUCCUGCAAGAAAAGGUUUUUGUGGGAAAGUACAAUUCUUUAUUAUUCACUAGCACAGGCAUUUUGCAUAUCAAAAAGGAUCAUUUGCAAGGAUUGUUGAUUAAAAUCAUGCCCAUAUCUGGGAGGCUUCCUUCUACUGGUACCUUGCAUUCUGGAAGUUUCCAUCAAGGAGGGGUUUGGUGUCAUUGAGGCACUGAGAAACACACAGCCCUCAGGCUUUGCUGGGGAUCCUAUGGUGCAUUCUGCAGUUGUAGCAAGAAGGAAAGACAGCACUGAGUCAGGGUGAUGACCACCUGGAAGGUGCUCUGGAAAGGCUGGUUUAGCUCUUCUUAUCUGUUGUAGGUAUAGUGGUAAUGCUUCCUCAGCCUUCACUAAAGCCUGCUUUAUACACAGAGGGAGACCUGGAAGGGUAGCAGGAGCCUGAGUUAUCUACUAAAACACGAGGGCGUUUUAGUGACCAGACUUGCCUGAAAUAGUAACAGCUGUAUGUAACACUCCAGGGGUUCAGCUCACCUUGCAAACCAUUUCAAGGACAUCAAUACACCUUUGUGUUACUUUCACAUUGUCAUCUUGUUUCUUUUUGAUACUGGCUCAUUUGCUUCUUGGCUUUCUUUCAUUUGGUUCAGUUAUGCACAUAGCCUGUGAUAUUAAGGUAUGGCAUGCCAUUAUGUUUUCCUGACAACACUUAGAUGUAUCUGGUUAGUUUGUGUCAUCUGAACAUACAUUUUUUUUUUUGUAGAAUUUUGGGGUAGAACCCUUUUCAGGACUGUAUGUCAUUUAAAUUUCUCAUGCAAGCUGUUUCUAGUAAAAGUUUGAAUAUUUAUAAAUUUCA